UCCAUAUCCAACGGAGCAACCGUCCAACCCAAAGGGCAGGAGCUCCAUCCAUCCAGCCAGCCUCCGGCUUCGUCAUUUCACGGCUGGUAGCCGUGUCCCAUCACCGUCGCCCUCACGCCACGCCGCUCCAACGUCUUCGUUCCCGGUGACAAAGGCAAUUAUUGACCUUUCGAUUCCGUAUUUGGCCUACAGAGACGCAGCUAAGGGACUUCUGCUUCCUUGACGAUAUUCUACUUGCCCUGGGCACAAAUCAUCGCCAUGCGCAUGUGCCUCAUUUCGCUCGCCCAGAAACGCACAUAGAACUUGCAGUUUACGACAGCCAAACUGUACCGACCCACGCGUCCCCGCGAAUACCACCGGCAAGAUGGAAGAUACAGCGAGGAGCGAAUACCCGGGCAUGCUUAGCUCGCUCCAGCCGAACCAAGCCGUCCAAGUGCUCAACGACCGAGUGAAGCGGAUCAGCAAGAUCAACACCGAAAUCGCCGACUGGCUCCAAGAGCGCCGUCGAGUCGAGGAACAAUACAUCUUGGGGCUUCGCCGCUUGGGUCAGUCCAAGCUACCGGGACCUUCAUCUGAGCUUGGUAUCUUCAACGGGCCCUGGCAAGCAAUGGUGGACGCAGUCGGUACUCUUGCCCACUCGCACCAGCAGCUUUCCGAUCGCAUUGAACAAGAUGUGGAAUUACCGUUGCGCAACUUCAGUCAGCGCAGCAGCUUUGGCGAAAUGACGACAAUGUCCUCCAAUUUGACAUCGAUAGCCAAGUCACUCGAUGAGGCUCAGGCGGCUACAGAGAAGCUGGGCAGGAAGGGCGGCAAAGCCAGCACACAGAAAAUCGAUGCUGCCACAUCGAAGCUUGAAUCAGCACGCCAGCAGUGGGAAUCCCAGGCACCGUACAUCUUCGAAUCGCUUCAAGCGCUCGACGAGUCCAGAAUCAACCAGCUUCGCGAUGUCUUGACACAGUACCAGACGCUCGAGUCGGACUGCGCUCAGCGCGCCCAAGAUACGUCGGUCGCCACGCUUUCGCAAGUGAUCGAAAUCGCUACCGAAACAGAAAUCUUGGCCUUUGUCAACAAGAUGACGCACGGCAGGACGCCGCGAGCGCCUCCAACGCGCGCGUCAACAACCGCUUCCAUUUCUACAGAGAACCAGCAAGGACGCCCGAGCACUGCGUACAGCGCCAAUGCCCCCCAACCUUCAGCGCCUUCCGAGCAAACCCCCGUGGAGACGCCUUCAGAACCGGAGACCCCUGCGACAGUGGAACCAAAAGCUGAGCCACCAAAGCCCGAAUCGAAGCUGCGUCGCCUAGGAACAAUACUCAAAGGACGCAGGCAGAGUGUUCACGGCGGCGUGGGACCCUCCCCGCAGAAGGGUGGCUCAUCUGCAUUUGGACGACUUGGGGGCAAAGAGAGGCCCGGCAUUUCGCCACGGGGUUCAUCAGGCAAUCUGAGGGAAUCGAACCAUCUUGGGGCGCUGGCCGAGCAUCCAUCACUCCCACGAACCCCUGAAGUUGGCGAGGACAGCCCCUCCAGGCCGCCCCAUGAGGGUGCGAACGGAUACAAUGCACAGGAGAACAUCAUGGACUCGCCAAUUCUUGAGGGAGUCAAUGGCUUCCGCGAAAACAGAGGUGUGACUCUUACCGAUGAACCGACCGCUCGGCCGCUUCAGCCGACAGCUACUGGUCCGACGCCCACGGCCGCUGGAAAGGAUGCAGAGGGCUUUACGAUACCCGCACCAGCCGAUGAUCCGAUCACCGCAGCGCAGAAAGAGGCUGCUGCAACCGAGGAGGCUGAUCAGCUCUUCAAGCUCAACAUUCAGAACAAGCCCAUAGAUGAGGAGGAUCCAGAGGCAAAGCGAGCCGCACUAUCAAGUGUAGCCAGCUCCUUGCGAGCCGGUCCUGCUGUACGCCGCUCAGGGACGACGCGCGGCCGCAGAGAUGUGCGGAACACGAUCUAUGCGCCUGCUCCCAUAGCGGGUGAGCCGGCAGAGGGUGGUUUUCUGGCGGGCAUCGCAGGCUCGCCCUCAUUUGCAAGCUCUUUCGGCUCCAGGACAGGCGCUCCAGCACUCGCCCCAGAAGCUAGCAUUGCUGGUACCUCUGAUACUCAAUCUGUUCGUUCUGGCCACUCGUUCGGCAAUUUGGCCCAUGCAAAGCAUCCCGAGAUGGUUGGCCCUGGUCUUCACGGUUCCAUCAUUGAGCAUGUAUCUAUUGUGUUCAAGGCUGGCGGUGAGAUCGAGAGCACUUCGAUGGCGGGCGAGCUGGGAUUUGUGAACAACGCCACCGACGAUGACAUGUACAAGACCCACGAGACCAUCAAGAUCAACAAUUAUCCCAAUCUGGAGCGCAUCGGUCCUAAUAGGAUCUUUGUGCAAAACAGCACACCUGACCAGCCAGAUCAGUUCAGCCUCGACCUGUCGCAUAUCAGCAAGAUGGCGCCCGCCUUCUCAUACCGCGUCUUCGCCCCCGAGUCAGAUCCACUCUCGCUUGCACGGAAUGCGCCGCUACUGUUGAACCCCGCAUGGAAGCCUCAAGGUGACAAGCUGGGUCUUUUGCUACAAUAUCAACUUAACCCCUCAUGCACCUCGAAGGGCCCCGUCACCCUACAGAACGUUGUGUUUAUUGCCACAUAUGAGGGUAAGGCCUCGGGUGCGCAGACGAAGCCGAGCGGCACGCAUCUCAAGGACCGCCACAUAGUGUACUGGCGCCUUGGCGAGGUGACGCUCACCCCUGAGCCGCAGAAGAUCGUGUGCCGUAUUGUCGGCAGCGAAGGAGCAGAGCCGAUACCGGGCCACGUCGAGGCAAGGUGGGAGUAUGUUGUGCCCGAGGGCGAGGUGGCCGGCAGUGGCAUCUCUGUCUCAAGACUGCAAGAGACAAAAGGCAAGGGCAAGGAGGCCGAGUCGGACGAUGAUCCUUUUGCGGACGAUGGCGUAUCCCAGACCCACACUUGGGUAGAUGUGCCAUUGUCCAGAAAGCUCGUGAGCGGAAAGUAUGAGGGAAGGUAGCAGUGUCGCCUGGUGUGUCGGUAGGGUAGAGCCAUUGGAUUUUUCAUCAGCGGAAUAUCAAGGAUGUAAAUAUGUACAUAGGACCCAUUGUCUUCAUCGGUCACCGAUGCACAAGUCACA